GAUACUUAGCAGGAAAACUUGCUGAGGCUCUCAGAUCAAGGCAGCCGGAUCUCAGCAUCACUGACAGAGACGUCCUUUGUGUUCAGAUUGCUGGCCUCUGUCAUGACCUGGGUCAUGGACCCUUUUCCCAUCUGUAUGAUGGACUGUUCCUCCCCAAAGCACUGGAAAAAAAGAGGAAAUUAAAGAAAUGGAAGCAUGAAAGGGGCUCUCGUCUCAUGCUAGACCACCUGGUGAAAGAGAAUAAUCUUAAACCAAUGAUGAAGUAUGGACUGAAACCUGAAGAAGACAUAACAUUCAUUAAGGAGAUGAUUGCUGGACCUCUACAGGAAUCUAAAGAGCAGGAGUUGCAGUUCAAAGGGCGCUCAAAAGAAUGGUCCUUCCUCUAUGAAAUUGUGUCCAACAAAAAAAACGGCGUUGAUGUGGACAAGUUUGACUACUUGGCCAGGGACUCUUCCUACCUGGGGAUCAAGAACAACUUUGACUUUCGUCGCUUCCUGCAGUUUGCCAGGGUGUGUGAGGUUGAAGACAAAGACUGCAAAGAAGGAAAAAGGAAAACUAUCUGCACCAGAGACAAGAAGGAAGACCAUAUGUACCACUUGUUCUAUACAAGACACUGUCUCCACAAAAGAGCCUGUCAGCAUAGAGUAAGCCACAUCAUACAAGAAAUGAUUGCAGAGGCUUUUUUGAAAGCAGACGAUCACAUUCAGAUUGAAGGAUCAGGAGGGAGGAUGUUCACUCUCUCUACAGCCAAUGAGGACAUGGAGGCCUACACAAAGCUCACAGACAACGUGUUUGAGGAAAUACUGAAGUCUUCCUGCUCAGAGCUAGAAAAGGCAAGAGAGAUUCUGCAAAACAUCAUCUCUCGAAAGAGCUACAAGUUUGUUGGUGAGACAAAGCCAAAG